AUGCUUUCCGAAGAAACUGUAGAGAAGAGGAAUGCUCCUCCAGGAGUCAACUCGCGGUCACUCAGUAUUGCACAUUCUGCUGCAGAUUUAGAAGUACUCCGUGAAAUAGAAAAUGUUUACUUUCUACCACCAUCGGAAUUUGAUGCGGGGCGGUUUGUACUGGAACACGCUCCAGCGACUUCCUGCGAUGAUAUAGAACGGAUGUUCACCAAGCUGAAGAGACAGCAGCAGGUGGUAUCAGGUAAGGCACUGCACCUAAUAUCACAGCAACGCGACAACUGUGACCGUGAAUUCAAAGAGAUCCAGACCAUUCGUGAUCAACUUUCGACCACUCUUGAAACCUGUCAGAAAGCCAGGGAACAGCUCAGAGCAGCGUCAAAUCACUUAACGAUAUCUACCUUCGUUAUCCUGGCCAACUUUAGGAAACGGCAAAUAAUUAGGUCUGUUCUUAAAUCCCUUGAGUUGCUCAGAAGCCUAAGAAGCGUCGAGAAGGAUGUCGCCGAAUUGCUAACUAAGAAGGAAUAUUACGAGGCAAUCCAACUGAUAUUGAAAAGCAAGAAAGCUGCCAGCAGUCAUAAGGAGUACACGUGCAUUGCAGAUUUGGCUACGAGACUCCAAGACACUUUAGACAUGACAGAAGAGAAAUUGGAUUCAGUACUUUCAAAUAUAUGUUACAAAUUUGAUGAAAAUGUCUUCAGGAAGUUGAGGAAGGCGUACGCGCUGUUAGGCAAAACACAAGCAGCUAUGGAACAACUGCACAUGCACUACUCUUCAGCCGUCAACGAAUCUUCGAUCGAAGCCGUUAAAAACUACGUAGGAAAUGCUGUAGAUAUGAAAUUCCAAGAUAUGUGCCAGUCAGUACAACCAAAUAAAGCUCCCAUAUGCCUUCUGAACUUAUGUGAAAAUCUGUUUUUGAUUAUGAAAAGUUAUUUCUUAUUGGUCGAUUGGCAUUCCAAGUACGAUGAUGAAGAAACGGUCCCAAUAUCUAAUAACGUAUUCGAAAUCGAAAAGAAUGUCAGUCGAGAAUACAUCAGGCAGAAGCUGAAAGCUGGUUUGGUCAGGAUCUGGCAUGAUGUUCAAGCAAAAGUGUCUACCUUCCUCAGGAGUUCUGGCUUAGAGGAAUAUCCCUUUGAGAAAUUUAUACAAAUGUUAGGUAUAUUAAGAAAACUGACGCAGGUAGCUGAAGUUUUCUGCGGUGAUAAAUCGGAUCUGUUGCAAGAUUUUAUUAAGACUCAGAGUGUUUUAUAUAUAAAGAACUAUCAUAGAGGCAGGAUGGAGGAAUUGAAAUUGUUUUUAGAGAACGAAGGUUGGGAACAGUGUCCGGUUAAAUCAACAUUUACUUUACUCAAUCUACAAGAAUUUAAACAGUUUAAAAAGUACCUGAAUUUGAGAUCUGAUACGUCGUUUGUGAAAGCGCAAUCCGAUAGCGCGUCCUCAGUGCAUUCGCAAGACGAUAGCGUUUAUAUUUCUAAGUAUUUUAAACAGAGUACUAAUCACACUCCUUUUGAAAUUUUCCGUAACGAAAACAUUACCAAUGAUGAUAUUUUUGGCCUGGAACCUGAAGCAGUUAGCGAUGAUUCGGACGACGAACCUGAAGAGUUGAAAAGAGAUUUUGUCGAUGAAAGUGAUCAACCGGAAUCGACCAAAGGAAGUCCUAGUAAAACUAAAGAUAGUGUUAUAGUGGCAAAUACGACACUAUCAGUAUUAAGACACUGCGGACAGUACUUACAGAUAUGUCGAUAUCUUCCUCAAAUAUCUUUAGAAGUGGUCAUGUUAAUGAAUCAAUUAUUUGACUAUUACUUCUUCAGCGUGCAUUUUUUUUUCACGUCCGAUAUGGACGUAGCCUCAACCACAUUAUAUAGCUCAAAAUUGAAUUCAGUACUUAAGAGAAUAAAAAAUUAUAUUGAUACAUCAAAUUCGGGAGAAAUGGACGGCAAAAUCCCGUGUCCUGAAUCUCCUAACCAUUUGAAUUUAACUUCAGAAGAAACAUUACACGGGCUGUCAGAAAGAAUUGUGGCUGUCGAGAGUGUAAUAUUUUUAGCUAAACAAUACGAGUUGCUGCAGCCAUACCUAGAAUCUAUAGUAGCUUCCCAUCAGAAGAUGAUAUUAGAACAUUUCAAAGAUAAUACUUUGGCGGUAAUUCAAGAUUUGAGAGUUCCUGUGUACAUGUGUUCAGCGUCAAAAGCUGUUGAGGUCGGACCAGCUUUAAUAGCUAUGUCCAAAGUCAAAUGGGAUGUAAAAGACGUAGCUGUUGAGCAUAGCGCCUACGUAGAUAUGAUUAUCCGGAAAAUUCAAGUGUUCGCAUUGCGUUUGGAAAACGUAUCCAGCAAGGUCACUCUCAAUUCGGAGGUAUUAAGCGUUAUAUGGGGUAUGGUGUCUAAAUUUAUAGUACAUUUGUUAGUUGAAGGGUUCUCAAACGCAACUAAAUGCUCUAAUGGAGGUAGAGGAUUAAUGCAAUUGGAUUAUAGGCAGUUAUUUUUAAAAUUAGAAAAGAUAUCUGGUCUCAAGCCUGUGCCUUUCCAAGAAUAUGUCGAUAAAUACGUGAAAGCUUAUUAUUUGCCUAGAAAAGGGCUGGAGGAAUUCCUUCAAGAGAGGACUGAGUAUUCUAAUAAACAUUUAAUGGCCUUGAUUACUUGCGCGUGUGAAAACAAGAAGGACAGGCAAGCGUUGGCAGCCAUUAUUGAAGCGAAAGAUGCGUCUAUAUAG